AUGACGGUCCGGUACAGAGACCGCAUGACUGCCACCGCCGCCCUGAUCCGCCUGUCGAUCUCCUGUGCCGUCUCCAGAGUUUCUCACUCUCUCUGGUCGUAUGCAACAUACAUACUUGGAGACACAGCACAACCUAAGUUCAGCCUUGUGUUGAUGCUGGAUGAUGUUCAAGUAGGACACUAUAAUUCAAGUGAGAAGAGGUACAUUCCUCAAGGUCAUAAAAGUUCAAGUUCAGGAAAUGAAAAGGCAGAAGAAGAAGACAUCAGCAGAGUAUUUGGAGUUCUAUAUAACAGCAUGAAGUAUGGAGCAGUGCAAUUUAAACACUGUCUUAACGUUACAGAUGGAAUGCAUGUUCUUCAAAGACUUGCUAGGUGUGAGAUGGUGAAUGGCACUCCAGGACUGACUGUGACAAAGAAUUCCUUAGAUGGCUUGGUAGGGGACGACAUCACCUUUGAUGUAAAUGAAGAACACUUUCAGGUCAACGAGAGAUGGCCAUCAGACUGUUACAGAACAAAUAUAGAGAAUGAUGAAUGGUUCAUAAAAACCAUGUACCACCCAGUCUGCAUUAAAUACCUCACCAAAUAUCUGAAGGAGGAGAACCCUGUGAUGAGAAGAGUGAAACCCACAGUCAGUCUCUUUAAGAAGACCCUCACAGACCCUGGAGGGAUUCUGGUGACCUGUUUGGCCACUGGUUUUUACCCUCGUCACAUCAACCUGACUCUGCUCAGAGAUGGUCAGUCUGUGUCUGAAGACCAAAUCACUGGAGGGAUUCUGUUACCUAAUGGAGAUGACACCUACCAGAUGAGGAAGAGUCUAGAGAUUAGUGAAGAGGAACUAAGAGAGAAACACAAAUACACCUGCACUACCACUCACCUCAGCCUGGACAACAAGCUGGAAAAACAUAUUGGUAGCGUGUAUCAGUUUUACAUCAGUAUUCUAUCAGUAUCCUGA